AUGGAAGGCCACGUUGGCGACCAACCCUGGGAGUUCAUCAUCAGGCUGUACAAGCCCGUGUGUGGUAACCUUCGCCUCCCAACUCCCUUCGCGCGGGAGAUGGAUCUCGAGCAACCAGGCGCUCUGCGACUGCACAUGAGGGGCUGCGGGAAUGGAGGUAUGAGGGUUGAUGUCGACUUCCCCGCCCCUCAUGUGAUGUAUCUCCGUCGUGGUUGGAAGACCUUUGCCCGUGCCCAUGACUUCUCGGAGGGGCACGUUCUCCAGUUCAAAUUAAUGGAGAACGGCCUGCUCUCCGUCAAGAUCUUCGGGCGCUCGGGUGGUCGCUUAGGGUGCUGCACGGAGAGCUCAACCGAUGAUGAAAGCUCUUCCUCGAGCGAAAGCGACAAGGAGGACAGUGACGGCGAUGACGAUGGCAGCGGGCGGAGGAGCGACGACUCUGACUUCGGCUGA